ACGAUAGCUGUUUUCAAAGCCUAAUCAACACAUAAUGUCUUCUAUUUAGUCUUGUACUGCUUCGUUGAUUAAGUUUUUACAUUCAUUAUUCUUUUUUUCUUCACUCAAAAAAAAAAAAAAAGAAAGAUCGUGAGUUCCUAUUUGGUGUAGUCUACCAAUUAAUUUUUUCUUCUCUUCAUUGUCAUUUUGAAUAUAUAUUUGUUCAUGUAUAAUUUAUUUGUAAUACUAUGGAUCAGUGCAGAAAAUUAGCAACGUCUUGGUGGUGAUCAAAAUAUGGCUGAGCAGGAAUGGCCCGUUACAAACUUAAUUCUCUUAGGUCGUGCCGGAAAUGGAAAAAGCAGCACCGGGAACACCAUUAUCGAUCAAAAAUAUUUCGAAGUAAAUUUUCUUGGAGAAGAUAUGGACCAAAGAUGUAAGAUGUUCAGAGCUGUAAUAAAAGAUGGCCCAAUAAUCAAUGUGAUUGACACUCCUGGUUUGCUCGAGUCAUCCGUGUCCGGAGACUAUCUCAGUAAGGAAAUAAUGAAUUGCUUAACUAUGGCGGAAGAAGGAAUACAUGCUGUGUUGUUUGUUCUGUCUAUAACGAAUCGGAUUUCACAGCGGGAGGAGUUUACAUUUAACAUAUUGCAGCACAUAUUUGAUGAUAAAAUCCUUGACUAUUUCAUUGUGGUGUUCACUGGUCGUGACGAGUUGGAAGCAGACAACCAGACCUUGGACGAUUAUUUACGUGAAGGUUGCCCUGAAUUUUUGACGAGAGUUCUCAAACUAUGUGGAGGACGAAAGGUACUGUUUAACAACAAGACAAAGGAUAAAGGCAAGAGGACUAAGCAACUUAAGCAGCUCUUAGCCCAUGUCACGGAUAUUAGAAAGCAAAAUGGUGGGAUACCGUAUACAGAAAAUAUGCACCGUAAGAUCAAGAUCCUUACCCCUAAACCUCUCUCACACUUUGAAGGCACUCCACGGGCAGCGAGUACUAUCGAUGUCUCGGAGCUAGAACUCAUCGGAAUCGAGACAACAGAUCUUGAGGAAUAA